AUGAUUGACCGCCGCUACCACCGGUCAUUGCAAGUGUUCUCGUGGGCAGCCUGUGCUGCUAUGACGGCUAAGCUCGUAUUCUUUACUGAUUACAAUAAACGGAGAGGACACAGCCAUCACGAUCACGUCUUGUCGGGAAUUCAGCGAUACACCGAAAAGCAACUAGACAUUUUUUUUGGCGUAGAGGACAUAAAGAAGCAGGUGAUGUCAAAACAGCAAUCUACCACAUCUCCCCCUGUAGUUAAUGAAAAAGCAGACUGA